UGCAUGUUCUUAUUACUGUCAGCGGAUCAGAGUGUACUUUGAGAUUGUGAAGAUCAAAUUAACUUUGAAGAGAAUGAGAAAAUGUAGUGUAAGAUUUGGGAUAUUUACGGACAGAUAGUUAAUUAUUCUUGUGCCACACGAGUGUGCGUAAAGUGGAAGUCUGAGCGCGCACAAAGGCGGAACGUCACUGCGGGAGCAGCUGUUACCAGAUGCGUUAUUCGGAGUAUGAGUGAGGGCUAUGGACGGUUCAUCGAUUGAUUUCACUGGAACCAUUUUUCAUCCUGCUUCCACGGUGGUCCACUAUGGUCUCAUCCACGAUUCCUGAGUGAAUUCUAACUGAAAAUGAUAAAAUCUUUGUUUCUCUUGUUUCUGCGGAACGUGAUUUAGGUAUAAUAAGGAUUCAUUGUCACUGAUGUUUCGCUCGAUUAUGGCUCUUUUUUGGGUCCAGUAAGAGAAUCUCACAGCGACAGACGCGUCUGCGGCGGUGAAGACCGGUGGAGAGAACUCUCGGCGCGCAGGAAAAGGUCUCUUCCUGUCUUCAAAUCGGAGCUAUUACAACAGAAACAGGAGCGCCAUGGUGAACUCGCUCAUACUGCUGCUCAGCUGGACGAUGAUCUCCGAGGUGGCGAGAGCUCAGAAUGAUACGGAGCCGGUCGUCCUGGAAGGAAAAUGCCUGGUGGUGUGCGACUCCAACCCGGCCACGGACUGGAGGUCCUCGUCCUCUCCGCUCGGCAUCUCCGUGCGCGCCGCCAACUCCAAGGUGGCUUUUUCUGCAGUCCGGAGCAACAAUCACGAGCCGUCAGAAAUGAGCAACAAAACAAGAAUAAUCUACUUCGAUCAGGUGCUUGUGAAUAUAGGAAACUACUUCACAUUUGAGUCUGUCUUUCUUUCCCCAAGAAAAGGAGUCUACAGUUUUAACUUCCACGUCAUUAAAGUGUACCAGAGCCAAACUAUACAGGUUAACUUGAUGCUAAACGGAAAACCAGUCAUCUCUGCCUUUGCAGGAGACAAAGAUGUGACUCGUGAAGCUGCCACCAAUGGAGUUCUACUUUAUCUUGAAAAAGAGGACAAAGUUUAUCUGAAGCUGGAAAAGGGAAAUCUAGUGGGCGGAUGGCAAUAUUCAACGUUCUCCGGCUUUCUCGUUUUCCCUCUGUAGAAGAAAAUAAAAAGCAAGAAAAAAGAAAGGACAAUUGUAAGUCUGCAGACUUCUUCAUAAUGUGUUGCCACAGUAUAAUCAAAACAUUGCUGCUUCAUCUGCUGGAUUCAGCCAAACGACUGAAAAAUGACAUGAAUAAAUACAUAACUACAUGGAAAGGAAGUAACUUUGGAAAAUGCUCACAUUCUGGGGAGAAGUCAGGGUUGGGUCAAAAAGACUUGAAAUAUUCUUAAUCGCUACCAUGUGUUUCUGUCACUCAAGCAGCCCUGAGAAGAGCACUUACACAAACAAAAGACACUGUUCAAACUUUGAUUUGCAGAAAUAUGCUUAGGAUGCUGUGAUUUUUUUGUGCCACGAUUAUGGAAUUUAGUUUCAUCUGCUCUUGUUGUUGUAAACUGUAUUUGUUGGCUGUAUCAACUAUCAUGACCAAUGUAUACAUAUGAGAACAUGAGAGCAAUGAAUCUUAAUUAGAUCAGUAACACAAAAUGCUCAGUUUCUGAGUUUGUUGGAGCUGUAACUUAUUUUAGAACCAGUUCAAGACAUAAAUGAACUAAGCCACUUCUUAGCACGCUAAUAGGGGUUUAAGUUCUCUACUUUUAUACAUUUCUAUUACUUCCUUCAAUUUCAGUGUUGUAGGAAGCUAUGCGGCCAUGCAUGAAAAGGAUUGAGAAUCUCCUUUCCACCCAUUAAACACAGAAGCAGACAGAAUUUCAUGAGCUACUGCUGAGCUAGCGUGCUAUCAAUUUUUCAUACAUGUCAAAAAGUUCCAUUGCAUGAGCAGUGUAGCUUUUACACACCAUGUACACUACAUGUGUACCACCUCAACAGUGUUUUUGCAACUCCUACUCAUUAUUGCAACAGUGUCACAACAAUUACUAACCUUUUCACAUUCAACACUAUUUAGACAAUCUGUCGGCGCUAAUGAAGAAUCACUCACCUCAAGCUGCCAGAUGCUUGAAACUUAAGAAACUGACAACUUGUACUUUAUGACUAACAGAUAUCUGAGUUCAUCAACAAUCAUGACCAGAUAAGAAUGUAGUAAGAUUUCAACAAUUUUAAAAAUGUAGGGCAAAUACCGAUCUCAUCCUAGGAUCAGUAUUUGAGGACUUUACUGGGGAAUGUAAAUCCAAAUUAUUUGUGGAAAAUUUGCCUAUUGCUGGAUUUCAGACACGUGACCCAAAUGACACGCGAAAUUCAGAUGGAGGGUCGGAAAUGGAUUUCUCUGGUUCAAACCAAAUAAAAAUUGAUCACAAUAGUAUGCUAAUGCCCUAAGCAGGCUGGAACAGACAAGGCAUCUCGAAAAAAUGUGUGUAUAUUUAGGAUAUGAUUUGUAUUAUCUCGGUAAAAAAAGAGUUCUCUUAUAAUCUUGAGGAUUUACCCAGCAUCGAGGUGAUCCACGUAACUAACUGGAGCUGCAGACCUCAUAUUAUAUUAUAAACGAGUGAGAAGAAAGCUUUCAAAAGCCUGGAGAAUACAAUCAUUUAGUUUCAAGUUGGGUCAAGCAUUUAUAAUCAAAAGAAGCAUUAAAUGGCUGUCGACUUGUUUCUGCCGGGUCAGUAUUGAAUUGUGCUGAUUUAAGUAUCGCUAACAACGAACUAAACCAUGUUAUUUCUAUGUGCUUGGAUCUCCUGGGAAAUAAUUUAUGUAGCUUCUGCAAACCCAAAUUCAUGCUGAAGUUAUACGUUAAUGUUGAGUCAUUGUAAGACGCUGGAGUCAGGUCCAAUGUAGGUCAACGAUUUGCUCCGAUUUACAGAAACCCCCAUGUCCAUACAUGGUUCGUGUUUGGACACGAAUGUAGUUCUUGUCCAGACAUGAACCAUGUAUGGGAAAAGUCACAGCUCACUAUGACUGUAUGGCUGUGUAGGUUAUAUUUAAUUUAUUUAGCUUUUUUUUUUCUACCAUGAAAGUCCCACUGAAUAAACAUUAUAUUUUCUGUCCGAGACUCGGCACUGAGCUAGCUGCUAACAACAUUAGCACUCUGAGGACAACCACGCCAGGGCAUAAAAAUAAUAUAUCUUACCUUACAUAUGAAUGCUUGGCUUUCUAAGUAACUGUCCAAUAAAACAUCUGAAAAUACAAUUUAAAGAUUGUGAUCAUUACCUGUUAAAAAGUGGUGCUGCAAACUCUGGCAUUGUUAGUUUCUGCACCUCCUGUUAUUAGAUGUAUAUUGUUGAUGCACUUUUCUCCUCUAUUUUUGAAUUUUUUUUUAAAUUAACUCCCUUGUGACCAACUACCUUUGGAACAUGAAAAUAAUGUUUAUCUUUCUCUCUACUAGAGAGAGAACGAUAAUGUCUCUUUUUGUGUAAAGUCUACACUUUUUGUAGAUUGUCUGACUGUACACUUUUUGUACAGGACAAAAAGUGUCCUGUACAAUGUUGAUGCUGGAUCAACAGAAAUAAAUGGGCUGCAUUUACUUCCUGCCCUCCAUCUGCAUUGGGUGACAAUCAGUGCUACGUCAUCUGAAACCCAGCAAUUUGAAGAUUUUUUAAAAUGUAACUUUGGAACCUAAAAUACCUGUGGGCAAUGCUACCUAACACAAUAUUGCAUUGUAUAUGUAAACCAGCCAAUCCAGGAGUGCCAUUCAUACAUUUUCAUAGUUUGAUCAUAGUCUUAAGUACAUGACAUGAGUUCAGUCAGCUCUGCUGCUUGGGUCACACUUUAGGUACAUUGUAACUUUAUAGGACUUCAAAUUAAUUUCUUCAUAUAAUCACCAAUUUCUUUUGUCCCAUGUCUUAAAGUCGACCAAAACUGACAUGCCAUUAUAUUCAGAAAACCAAGUCAAGACAAAAUGAACAGCAACCUUAAUGAAUGCUAUAUUUUACAUUAUAAUUUCCUGGAACAAAAAAAUAAAAAACUUACUAAGUGCUAUUGCUUUGUUAUAUAAUGUGAAGUAAAUAAUUUGUCAAGCAUAACAUUAUGUUGUACAGUCUAUUUGAAGGAUUUAUUUAUUUGCUUACAAGUGGCAAGUUUUGUUAAGAUAUAAAUGUUAGUUUAUGGGCUGCUAUUUUGAAAAGAGAUUCCAAAUCAACUUUUGGCAUUAAUUUAAUUUGACUAGACUAGAGGAAGAAAAAGGAUUCUAAAAUAAAGAAUUUAUUAUAAGGUGCUAAGAAAUCUGAUGUUUGAAAAUAUUGCUGUAAUAAUUUUAUGGUUCUUAAGAACCAUAAAGAACCAUAAAAUUAUUACAGCUGAGAAAACAAACAUUGAAUAAAUGGCAGAAGACAUGCAAAAUAACCACAAACAUCAUAUGUAAUAUUCCAUCCAUAUCCCUCUCCCCGUCUAUCCAUCUGGUCUUAUCCUGAUUGAGCAGGUUUGUAAUCAAGGUCAGGUGCUGUGAAAUCCAGUUGGCAAGUGAGGCAGGCGCCUAGCUCUGGGGAUGACUUAAUUUCCAAUAAAACUUGCUUAUUAUAACCUUAAGUGUACAAACAGCAUCCAUUUUUGCACAAUCAGCUUGUGGUUCAUGAGCCUUAAAGUUGAAAAGGCUGGUAAACAUGCAUUUAACUUGUAAAUUCUUGCAGCAGCCUAAGUAUAACAAAACCUCUGUUGAAUUUAAAAAUGUAAAUGUUGCUACUCAGCUCAGCGUAUGAUGGCUUCUCUGCAAACAUAGAAGCAAAUUUACUCCUUUUGUAAACUAUGGAACUCACGAUUAGCAUUGUUUCAACCAGAAAAAAAGCCCACUUUCUCAUGUGAAAUGCUGUCUUACACUAAUUAAACUAAUGGUUCUUA